AUAGAUGGUUUAUUCGACUCUAACAAUAUUUGGUUUGUUUAUUUUGAGCUUUUCUACUGUUAUGACUAAAGUGAAUCAUAUUCCUAUAAAAUUUGAUAAAUAUGGAAAUAUGUAUACAGAAUUUGAAAAAUUAGAUUUUUAUUUGACUCAAAAUUCAACAUUGAUUAUUAAAGAUGACAUAUGCGCAACAAUUGUUGAUUUUACUCGACCUAGUAACAAUGAAAUUCAAACAAAAUCCGGUUAUCGUAAUGUAACUGACACAUGUGCGAUUUGGAUUAAAAAUCCAUCAAAAGGCUUAAGAUCCAGGAGACCAGAAUAAAAAUACGAACCAAUAGGACCUACGUGUUCAUGAUGGACUACUGCAAUAUUACAAUUUUGAAAUUAUUUAUAAAGCCAUUCUGUUUGUAAACUGAAUAAACUUUUCUUUUUGAAAAA